UCUCCGAGCCUAACUCCAGCCCGCAGGGCUGCUGGCAGCCGCGGGGCGGCCGCGGCCGGGCGCUGCGCUGACGGAAAUUGAGUAAAUUCUCGAGUGUCUUCUGUGUUUACUCCUGCUUUAGAGUUGUAGUGUCAAACAGCAGGAGUAGGCUGAGAGGGAUCAUAAUUUUUUAAAUCUUAUCAAGAGUUUGCAGUCCUGGUUUCAAAACGAGCUCCUGUAAGGGGUUGGAGCCGUAGGAAACCUGGUUUCAUUCCAGAGAAGCCGUGUUGUCAUUUCCGUAUGAAUGUUCCAAGUUUAUUUCAUUUUGCAUUCUUACUGAGAGAGGUGCGAACACCAUCAUGGACACGGUGGAUUUUGAGGAAGCAGCAGCUCUCUCUGCCCAGCAUUCCCUUGCUUCAGGCAGCAAGAAAGAACUCUUUGAAUCUCCUUGAACUAACUGAGGCAGAAUUAGAAGAACAGUUUGUAAGAGGUGAUGGUCCAGGAGGUCAAGCCACAAAUAAGACAAACAACUGUGUUGUCCUGAAGCAUAUUCCAUCUGGGAUUGUAGUGAAGUGUCAUCAGACAAGAUCAGUGGAGAAGAACCGAAAGAUUGCCAGAGAAAUCCUGCGGGAAAAAGUUGACCUUUUCUACAAAGGUGAAGACAGUGAUGUUUUUAAAGAGAAGAAAGCAUCAGAGAAGCAAAAGCAGGAGAAAAAAAGAAGAGCAAAGGAAAACCUAGAAAGGAAAAAGCUUUUUAAAGAGAUGCAACAAUUGGAUAAGGAAUAAACAUGUGAAAUACUGACUUGCCCUAGUAGGGUAAGAAAAUUGUUUGUCAUUAGACCUAAACAGAGUUUUCCAACUAACAAAUGAUGUAGGCCUUCAUAAGCACAGCUGAAACCGCGGGUGGUGACCUGCUGUUCCUGUAAAGCUGAGGAGAUAAAAGCACUCAUGUAUUCCUGCUUCUCCUUGCCAUCAUCUCAUUAAUCACAUUUAGCAAUCAGUUUUUCUGCCAGGUUCAGAAGAUAAAGCAAUCUUAAAAUGUUAAAUUUAAGAUCUUAAAUGUUAAAGAGGAGCUAUAAGCUUUCCACCGUUGUUAACAGAGACCCAAAAAAUCAAUAAUUUCCUUCUGUCCAGAAGACACUUUGGGCUGCUUCGUAGGAGCUCCAGCACAUGAGAACAGCACUAAAAGGUUCUCACUUCCCAUCCUUCCUUACUCAUGCAAUGCCUUCAGUGACGUAAAUCCUUUAUAGAGGUUUGGAUACUGGUUGUGAUGGUGUGAACUGAGCUGCUGAUGGAAGAGACACCAGUCACUGGUUCAGAUCUGUCAGCUGAACAAUUGCUCUGUGCUACUCAGCUCUGAAUAAAGUUUAACCAGCAACUUUCCAGAUCUUACCUGGAGUGGUGCUGAGCACUGGAACACAGGGAGGGCCCUCCAGCAAGUGAGGGGUGGUCCCUCAUGGCCCUCCAGUUCUGAGGUAGAAUUGAGUCAUUGCAGAUAAAGAAUGACCUGUGUUGGAAGCUGCCUCCCAAGACAACAGAGUCCAAUUCAUCCAAGCUGUGAAUUAAUUAAUUAGAGUUGUUUAUCUUAUUUAUGCUGUGCUGCACUUAGGCUUGGCCAUGUUGGUACCUCCACUCAUUUUGACAGUUUCCCAUUUAAUAAAAACAAAUGCAGCUGCGUUUCCUUUGUCACCAUUACUCUGAAGCCACUCCUGAAGUACAUUUUUCCUGGUUUUAUCCUGUUAACAACUCCAACUGCUUAACCAGAACUUCUCUUUCAUUUUUGGACAGCACCCUCACCAGCUGCCACCACCAGGUUUUGGCCUUCAACAAAGACCCAAAGCCAGAGUAUGGAUUUUGAAGGCAACAGAGACUUCUAGAACUUCACCUCCUUCUCCCAGAGACCAACUGCACCCUGUGCCAUAGGUGGAAUGUUCCAGCAAUCUGCAGGCCCCUUCCCUUGUCCUUUCCUGAACUCCUGCAUGAAGGUUGAAUUUUUAUCUGUUGCCAGUUCUUGCUCCUGGAGUAUGAAUCUGAUUAAAGUGACUGUACAUAGUUUUAAUACAAACUGUUAAUGAAAAUAAGCUUUAUUACGUCAAGUAAUAAAUACAUACAAAGAUGCAAAUAAUAGUUUUAGUAAUUUAUCCAGAAUGUUCCUUUUUCUUUUUUUUUUUUUUUUUUGCAAACUUUAAACUGAAAUCUCCAGCCUUAAUGUAGAAAUCAGCUUUCCAGGACCUUGUUAUUAUUUAAUAGGCUUCCCUGUUUUCCAUAUAGCUCAUGCACUUUAAGUGGACUUCAAAGCACUAACAGUCAUGCAAAUGUUUAUGCAAAAUGAACAAAAAAAGGAAAAAUAAGAGAAGGGAAGGGUUAUUUCUAAGCAGGGUCUAUGCUGUAUGACAAAUUGUGGCUUAGCAGACUACUAGGUACAGCAUGCUAUUCUGCAUUUAUUAAAAAAAAAAUCCUUAGAGCUUAUGUCAAACUUUGAAAGAUUGACAUUUUGGGGAUAAGUGAACAUAGUCAAAGGAAAAAAACAGAAUGAGGCUGUGGCUGGAUAAGAAGAGAACUGAAAUACAGCCUGGGAGAGAAAGAGCAUUCCUCUGCAUGCACUUCGGUUUCCAUGUUUUAGAAACAUUUUAGGGAGUUUUAACGUCUUUAGAAAAUGCAAACCCUCAGUAAGUUGAAAAAUCCGUGGUUUUUUUCAUUCUUAACUGUACAUUUUUGCAAGGGCGAAACAAGAACGGUUAAACAUUCAAAAUAAAGGAAUUUGAAUGUUUCGAGAGUCAAAAAGAA